AUGCCAAGCUCAAUAGCCGGGCUGACCAAGUCAGCCAUCAGAACAUUCUGGCAAUGGUCUGUUCCGUAUAAAAGCAGCCACCGUCCUGAGGACAAAGUCUAUGUUGCAAUUUGGGACUUGGCCAUCGAUAACGAGACGACACUCGGUGUUCUUGCAGAGAUAUUUCCUGAUAUUCCUCGCCAAGACCUGCCGAGUGAUGAAGAAGAAAUCCGUCAUCUGGUCCGCAGACGACUGUUCACGUUAAAGCCAGGGGCGCACCCACAAAGAGCUAUGAAAAUGGAGGAUUCCGAUGAAAGUGGCAGCGAUACUGCAUCAGAGAUGUGGGAUACUGACAUCAGUCUACUGCAAGAAGUCACAGAGGAAGCAUGGAUGCAUCUGCCGGUUAAGCUACGGUAUCUGCUUGCAGCGGUGAAUGCACGGCACCUACAACAGAAGUUGGAAUUCAUGUCCAGCGAGAAUUUUCAUCCGCCAGCCGGUCAGAAGGGUAUUGAAAGGUGCGUUUCUGGCAUCAACAAGACCUUCAACAUGUGGAGAAACGGUUACAAGGCCGCAAUAAGCAAAAAAGAGCGCUAUUUUGUCAACUUUUUCUUCAUCUUCCUCGCUUUUAGUGCCAUAUACCCAGACGUUGCCGCCGGUUUCUUAGGGGAGCGUUCAUAUAACCAACGUUCCAUUGGCAUGAGAAUCGCCACAUUGUGGCAAUUAUUCUACCUGUGGACAUUUCCAUUUCACUGCUGCUGGCUUCUCUUCAAUUGGAGUCUGGAGAGGCUGUUGGGUGCCUUUGUUGGCAACACUGUGUAUGCUCUGGCUGCCAUUGUGCCCGUCAUUCGAGCAGCCUAUUUACAGUCGUGGUUCAGAAUCAUGAUGCUGGUCAUGUCCCUGUGCUGGCAGAUUAGUGUGCAGUUCUACUCUACAACACGAGACUAUAUCAUGCGGUUUAUCACUCGUCGGCAGAUGAAAGGGUUGCGUCAGCAGGCAGAAACCGAGCGUAAUGAUUGGAAGGCUGUUGAUAGAACUAUCAACCAUGAACUCAUGACUCUUAAAACAUUUCUCUAUCGCCAAUCGGACGAAGAUGACCACAUUUGGGAUUCCGAAGCUAUUCCCAUGAGAGUUCGGACGGAGCGAUACAUACAAUUCACCAGCUGCUUCAAGCUUGGACGGCCGGCAGACCAACUAGUCGGUUUGAUCAAAGACGACUUUGAAGGAAUAAUCAACACAUACGAAGACUACAGACACACUGCCCCUGUCGCAGACGGCCAAUUCAGCCGGGAUAAUGGCCAUGUUGAGCCGCGACUCCCCAAAUUCCUGUUGGUUCUCUUUGACAUUGCCAUCUUUGCAUAUGUCAGCUAUUCUUUCUACCCACAGCCAUUUACGUUCAACACGGUCGUUGCAUACGGAACCGUCGUCACCAUCAAACAGGCCAUUGUCGCGUGCAAGCGCUACCAGACGCCGAAAAGUGCGAGACGUCUCUUUACUAAUAUGUCAGCGGUCAACAUUAUCGGCGUCUUGCUCGUGUCAACGCCAGUAACGGUUGAUCCUCGUGUUUUGGAAGACAAUGGCAAAUUUAUUGCGCUCACGUUGGCCAUGACUUUUGCGACGCUGUUCCUGGCGGAGCCUAUUGCGCCGCUGCUCCUCUGCAUCACUGAGAGAGGCAUUGCGGCAUGGACGAAGAUGACCAGCAGGUCCGCGUCUAAGAAAGCCGCUACAUCAGUUCACAGCGAUGCAGAGGAUUCUGAUACGACUGAAGUAGGAGAAGAGUCGUCCUCAGAGAAGGGUCGGAGUUCAAUUUGA